UACUGGAAGAAUAAGUUCCAAGAAGUGACCGUUCAAUACCUGUUCAAAGAGAAAUUGAGUUCACUUACGAUUUUUGAGAUCUCUUUACAAUCGCCUCAAUUAAGUGAUAAUAUGACAGAAAAAGGGAAACAUAUUUUAGUGAAAUUAAUCACUCGAUAUAACUCGUUGUUUAAAGUACUUAUUCGUCAACUCCUGGAACACGACUCUAAUAAUGAGGCAUGCGUUGAGUUAUUCUGUGAAUUACAUAUUCACGUGUGGAAUCCAGACGACGAUGACAUAGAUUUAAUAUCUGAAUGGCUGAUCGCGUAUCCAAUCGAGCAUUUACUCAACAGAAUCGCAAGAAUAAUAUUUUCGCGACUCAAUUGGUCGUACGAUUCGCGAAACAAAGAGCUGUUCAUCGAAGUAGAGAAACACCAAAAAGUUGCCGUCGAUUUGUUUGCUUCGCUUAAUAGUCACUCUCUUAUGAAAACUCCAAAGGAUUGUCAAAAUAGUAAUUUAAAAGAGUUUGGAAGCGAAACAUUGCUAUCGUUGGCUAAAUCUGUUAAUCCAAAUGAUUUCACGAAAUGGGUUUGGAAUCAAUUGAUUACUUUAAAAGUGCAUUCACUAGAACUCAAUGAUAAAGAGUGGGAUUUCCUGUUUGAUGACAAACGAGACGGCAAUCAAGAAGACGGCAAUACUCUUAAAUUGAAUUUCGAUACACUUCUGAUCCCCAUUUACUUCGGACAAAACAAAUCAAUGGAUAAAAUAAUUGAAUCGCUCGAAACAUUGCUGACAAAUCAACACAAUUUUCCAGUCAUCCAUCUCUUGUAUACUUUGAUACCUUUUCAUCUGAAACAAUACGAAUCACUCGUUUCGGUACCAAAACUAUUGAAUCUUUUGAGUCAAUUGAUUACCGAACGAACCGAUGAUUUUGUUGCACUGAUAUUCCGUCAGUUGUCUAAGUUUUGCAAUAAACACAAUAAACUCAAACUUCUCAUCUGUUGGACUGAAAUGCUGUUUGAAGUGAUUGGCUCUAUAUUGCGAACGCACGCCAACUCUUGGUUUAGUUCCGGCGCCUCAAGACUCCAACAAAUUGCUUACAUAUUUGAAAAGAUUUCAGUUUUAUUAUAUUUGGACCAAAACCUCAAAGAAUUGUAUUUCAAAUAUUUAACGGAUAAUCCAUUCGACAUCCAGUCGUGGAAAAUACCGACUUCCGGAUGGUUUUCAUCGGUGUUUAGUUGGGGCUCAAAGUCUAAUCAAAAGUGCGAAUGGAUUACUCCUUUCCAUUUGAUUUACAAACAAAACGCCAGUAAUGUAUGGCUCGCUUGGCUUUUCAUUCAAACGGAUGCCAUUCGUUUCGACAAAGUUUGGGAUCAAAUUGUACACGAAGUCAACGAAAGCUCUGAAGUCGCUAUAGAAUCACUUGUUAAGUCAAUUUGUCAAAAAGAAAGUCAUUCAGCGAUUCCUUUGCCAUUACUUCCAAUCAAUUCGUGGUCAACACUGGCGGUCAAUUCGGUGGCCAAACCUCCCCACGUAAUGGAGCCGUUUGUUUGGUUCAAAUUCUUCCAAUUAUUCUUCACAUGUAGUGAUUCGUGUCGUUCUGUCGGACAGACAUUUAUUUCCGACGAAAAACGCAAGAAAUUAAUUGUAAAAUUAAACAAUUUAAUUGAUUUUCAUCACAAACAAUGGCUGAAGAGUGAACCAAAUGAUACACUAAUCAAUACAACGGACGACGAGUUGACUAAAUUAUACAGGGCUUACAUCCUAUGGCUGGAAGACUCUCAACUCCACGAAGUAUUUGUU